CGAGGAUAGACUGCACCAGGGGGAAAAUGCAGGCCCUACUCUUCCUGUUGGCCCUUCUCUUGCCUCCUGGAGCUGGAGCUGAGGAGAUUAUUGGUGGUGUGGAGUCAAAACCACACUCCCGCCCAUAUAUGGCCCAUCUGGAGAUCAUUGACAGAGUUACCACUAGCGACUGUGGAGGGUUUCUCAUAAAUGAAGAAUUUGUGAUGACGGCUGCUCACUGUAAAGGAAGAGAAAUUAUUGUCACUCUUGGGGCUCAUGAUGUGAGCAAGACAGAACCCACACAGCAGAAGAUAAAAGUCGAAAAGCAAAUCGCUCACCCACAGUACAACGUGUAUCCUCACCUCAAUGACAUCAUGCUGCUGAAGCUUCAAAGAAAAGCUAAGAUCACUUCUGCUGUGGCUAAAAUUCUCCUUCCUAGUCCACGUGACUCUAUUAAACCUGGACGUCUGUGCCUGGCAGCUGGAUGGGGCAAAACUGGAGUGAAAGAACCACUGUCAGUCAAACUGAGGGAGGUGACACUGAGAAUCAUGGGAAAAGAAGUUUGUAAGAUCUACUCGAAUUACACAGAUGACUUCCAGGUCUGUGUGGGCCGUCCAGGAAACAUACAAUCAGUGUUUGAGGGAGACUCUGGAGGACCUCUAGUCUGUGCUGGGGUGGCCCAUGGUAUUGUAUCAUAUGGACGUCCUGAUGCAAAACCCCCUGCGGUCUUCACCAGAACCUCUGGAUAUGUGUCCUGGGUUAAUGCAGUGAUAAGGGAACAUAGCUUAAAAGCUUUGUCAGCCUGAGUCAGAUUCUUCAAGUCAGCUUUUCUGUUACCUUCUGAAUGAAAAAAUAAUUGUCCCCAGACUUGCCUCUAGCCUAACUCAGCCUGUUCCAGCCUAACAGCAGCCUGUGUCCAGCCUGUAUGAUCCUGACCCCAGCCUGUCCUCAGCCUGUUCCAACCUGUCCCCAGACUGUCCCCAGUCUUUCUCAACGUGUACCCCAACUGCCCUAGUCCAUCCUAACCUGUUCCCAGCCCGUGCCAGCAUGCUCCUGAUGUGUCUCCAGACUGUUCCCACCCUGUCACAGCUUUUCUCUGAGAGGACCUUAAAGAUGCUCAAGGUUCUGGUGAUUAACUGUUCCCUGUAAUGCACCUCAAUAAAGAUGAUAACUCCAGUAGCUCGGAGACUCCACACUGCAUAAACUAACUCAGUCCCUCACCCACAGGUAGAACUUCUCUAAGCUGAGUUAAGAGUUGAAGGGAGCGGGGAGGAACUUGGAUUUCCCACAGGUCAGGAAACCCUGACUGCUCUUGGGAAUGGUGAGG